GAUGGCGGUAAAUUUGUGAGACCACCAUGUUGGCAUCUUUAUCGUCUUUUUAUGACAAUAUUCGCUCAUAUUCUCGGUCUGGGAGGAAAGCAGGUGAUAAAAGACGAAGGGAAAGGUAUUCUCUCAUAUUUUGUGUUAUAAUAAGCUUUGUAAUAGCGAGGUGGAUAGCGUAAAUUGUGUUUAUAAUUGACUGACAGUUCGACCUCUGGGGAUAUCAGAGCAAGUCGGUAGUGUUGUACGAUCAAAGAAAUUUUGAAACUUUGCCUUCAGAAAUCGUACUAUGUGUCUUACUCGGAGUGCAGUGAGAAGUUAUAAGCUCAACUUACACUGCACCGACGAUAAGGCGGGUUUGAUUUGUGGGUUUAUUCAGGGGUUCGUACUGGUCAUGGAAAACCUGGAAAGUCAUGAAAUUAAUUUUGCCUCGAAUGUCAUGGGAUUUAAUUUUUGGUCAUGGAAAAUUGAAGUUGUUUGUCAGAUUAGUCACUGCAGACGUCAAAACAAGGGCAAAGUGAAAUAUAGAAACAGGUAAUUAGGUUAAUGGUACACAUUUUAGUGGACAGCAAAGAUAUAUCUGUUGCACUACAUGUAUGAGUAAAGUCAAAAAAUACCCUAAAGCGAGGACAGUUUUGAUAGUUUUUGAAAGUGACAGCUACUCUGUAUACCUAAUAUCACUGAAAACGGGAAAAAGGUCACAGAAAAAGUCAUUGAAGGGCUCAAGAGAGAUUACAAACCCUGUUAUUAAUCCUUGUACUGCUGGUAGUCAAUUUGCUACCGUGUGUAAGCUGUCUUAUUUUUCUCUUGCAAGGGACGAUGAUGAUGUCAUUAUAACGGAUGUGCUACAGGUUAGAAUUAUUUUGCCCUCAGAAUGUAUAGAGGGUAUUACAUGGCCGCGUGGAGAUACGAAAUUUCUCUUCUAGUGUUGAAAAAUUUUUCACGAGUGAGCGCAGCGAACGAGUGAAAUAUUUUUUCCAACUUGAGAAGAGAAAUUUUGUAUCUCCAAGCGACCAUGUAAUGUUCUAUUAUUUUAUUAUAUAAACACCAUUGAAAUACCAAACCAUUUUACUGAAAUAGUUUUUUGGUCUGAAAGGUGCGGUUUAUUAUGAAGCCAUAGCAAUGGUGAUAUUUUCACAUGGGAAGAUAACUUGUUAUUUUCACAUGUGAAGAUACGAUAUCAAGUUUUCGCACAAAAGCUCACUUGGUAUUUCAUUGGUGUUUAUAUAAUAAAGUCCUGUAUUAAAUUACCGGUAUGUGCUCUCAAUAGUUUGCCUCUCCUCAUGACUGUCAUCAUUGACCCUCUUUGCAUCGUGUGCAUUUGAUUGUGAAUUCCAGAUUUGUUGGUUUUAAUUUGGACCAUGUUUUGGCCAGUUGAAUGUAAAAUCAUCUGUUUCAUUGUGUCUGAAUGCCUUUUUUUUAUGCCUAAACAUGCAAAAGUAAAAGCCAUUAUACCAUUGUGCCAUUAUCAAGGAGCAAUCAACGACUGUGUUCACCACCUAAUGUGUUAACCCCCUACAAGUUUGUCCCCUUUUUUCCGAGCUAGCCCCCUAUUUUUCUAUUGGUAAAAUGGUUGUGUCCUAAGGUAAGUGAAGCAAGCGUUUGAGUGACCCGAGUGAGCAACAAAGCAAAACCGCAUGACUUCAAAGGACCUUGUGAAAGUCCUAAUUGAGUCAUGCCCAGGGUUGUCAAAAGUAGCCAGCUGCCGGCGAAAAUCACUACCUAUGUGGUUAAUAUCGGCUGGCUACCCUGCUUAGCAUUUCGUUACGGAUAGCGUUUUUUAAAUAAAAUAUCCCUGGACUUGCCGCUUACUUUGACAACUCAGCUGUCUACUACAAAACUUUCUGACAACCCUGGUUAUGCCGCUCAUAAACAUUAACCUCUCCUAAAUACGAAGCUAUACUUUUAGGUUAAUUCACAGAGGGUAAUUCCCUUUAGAGUGAGCUUGAUUUCUUCGAGGACUAACUGUACUACAUAUGUGUAUUUUGCCAAUUUAGAGACUCCAAACUAUUUUUGAGUGUAAGCAUUUCAUGAUUUGUUACAUACAAUGAUGUAGUCUUGAUAAGGUGGACCAUGAUGAUGCUAACACAUCAGUUUGCUAAUUCAUGCAACCUCUGUCAUACUAAUUUAAAGACCUUAAACCAUUUAACCCAUGGGGGGGGGGGAUAUUGGGGAUUUUAAGUGAUGGAGAUAAUCAAGGAUUUUUUUUGGGUUUGAAAUUUUUGAUUCCAGGAUUUUUUGGGAUAGGAAAAUUUGACCAGAUCUGUAUUUUUUGGGUGGCUUGAUUUAAGUAGAGAUUAUUUUGAGUAUUCAAAACAAUCUUAAGAUGAAAUGGAAGAAGCUCUUGGGUGUCUUGAGCAUCAUUAGAAUGAUUACCAGAUGCGGAAAAGAUAACUUCAGAUGGUAUGAUGAAUAAACAAACACAAACAUUCAAUUUCUAAUGUUUUUGUUUUCGUAUUAUUUUAUUUAAUGCUUUCUGGAAAUUUUUAAGGCGCAGAAAUUCUGUGUGGGAUUCUUUUGGGGUUAAGAAUAGAAAAAAGAAUAUAAACUCUUUCUACUUGACAGUCAAGCAUCUUGUACAACAGCUCGAUUUAUUUAAUUAUUUAAUUUAAAUAGUUUUUUAUAAGUACUGUAUAACCUCCACCCACUUGUAACCGCUCUGUGGUAGUAGCCAACUCGAAAACUUGGCUCCUUUGGCUGCUACACACUUUUUUCCUUUGUUAUGUUUGAUCCAAUGUAUAGUUAACUCUGUUUUUAAUUCUUCUUUUUUUCCUUAUUGUUGUUGUAUUGCAAUAAUUGAAUAAGUGUGAAUAAAUGAACUUGAACUUGAACUUGAACUUAAGUUUUGGUCCAGGAUUUUUUUAGAAAUUUUUGUAAACCAUAGAUAUUUUUUUUGGUUUUGAAUUUUGUCUCCAUUCGAUCAUCUGCAUCACUAGAAAUCCGGAGUACCUCCCUCCCUGGACUGUUUAUACACAUGACAUAAUAUAUGUAUUGUAAUUUGUUACUUAGCCUUGAUAAUGGCAUCAAAAUUGAAAUGUGAGCUUUUUACACUUACAUUGUUCGUAUAUAUUUUAUGUAAACAAUAUGGGCUCCAAGCUCAAUUACUUUUUUCAAAGUCGCUUUUGAUAACAUAAAAUUAUGAAGUUACUGCUUGACAGUAAAUACAGUGUAGUACCAGGGUGCAAAGAAAGUCAGUUUUACAGCUUGCCAUUCGGGCAAGCUGUAGCUAGCAUGUACUAGUCCGAAAAAAAUUUGAUGAGCAGGAUUGGUUACGGUUCUUCGGUUAUUCGAAUUCCUAAAAAAAUAUCACUUGCCCAUCGGGCAAGUGAAAAACAGAAUUGACUAGCCUGAUAGCCAAAUCCACUAGCCCCGGGCUAUUGGACACUACUUCUUUUCACGCUGAGUAUUGCUGUAGAUGCCAAAAACACAAACAAAAAAAAGUCACUUUUUGUAAUAUUGUACAUGUAAUGAUAAAAAAAUAGUUGGCAGCUAUGUGAAUUGCUUCUUAUUUGCAUGCACAACACAUCUUCAAGAGUUCAAUUGAAGAGCUUCAGUAUGAAAGCAUCUGUUUUUACAUGUAUCUGUUGUGUGUUUAACUUUAUUUAUUUUUGUUUUUAUAUUUAACCUUUCAUUCAGACCCCACCAGCAAAGAGGUUAAGGAAUAUUGAAGGAGGUGAGUAUGUUUUUGGCAAAGUAAAACUAGGGGUGCUUUCAGUUACAUGUACAUGACAUGUAAAAAAUCAAAGAAUCAAGGAUUUUUCAAAAGUGCACUUUUUCGCUGUACACUAUGGGUAGUACAUUAUUUUGUAUCGCUCCUUGGAAAUUUUUCUGAAAAAUGCAUUUUGAAGCUAGUUGAGCUGAUUUCUGGUCACUGCCUGACUAUAAAGACAGCUACAAAGAGGCCGUUUAUAGGUUGUGCACUUCAGAUCCUUGGCUUCUGUUCCAGAUGCAAACUGUCAGCUUCUAAAUUUUCGGCGUGCGUAGAAAGCAAAAUCUUGAGACAGUUUUGGGGUUUAAAAGUGACACAUCACUGAGUCUUGACUUCUACUUUUCACUUUCUCUACUCCUCUCUUCUUUCUCUUUUCUUGCAUUGUUUUUUUUUCCAUUUGCUCGUCAUUUACUAGGCUUUGUUUUGGUGGGGAAAGUUUUGGGAAAGCUUUUAGGAUCUUAAACGUAAUAAAUCAGGAAACAUUACUUGCAUAAUAAUUCUAAAUGAAUCACAAAAAAUCUCCUGUAGUAUCAACAUAUGGGAAGAUUAAUAUGCCAUUUUCUCUUUUACCUUGAUUGAAGUGAUCAGAUGGACAUUUGAAGACUGCAUUACAUGUAUAUGUAUUGUAUGUAAAGACUGAAUAGCUGUAAAGUAUACAUUACAUGUAAUAAAUGUAAUAACUAUAAAUAUGUUUGUUUCUGAUUUGCUUGUUUAUCCAGCUGCAUGCACAAGAACCAGUAACACCCCCAUCCAAAGCUUCACAGAUUUUAUUAGAAGGGUGAAGAACUGGUCUGGCAGAUACUUUUGGAACUAUGUAGUGCAAGGGGAGACGGAUGAUGACAAUCCAUCUUCCCUGAGCAGAGAUUUGGGGGAUGCUGAGGAAGAGAUGGAAAAAUUUCACAGUUCUACAAACGCCAGGCUUGCUAGUGUGAGUAACUAUAACAGACAUAAAAUUAAUAUUGCUAACUUAUUGCAAUAUUAUCUCAAAAUAAUGCCAUUUGCCUGUAGCUGCAAUAGCUACAUGAUGAUCAUGCACAAUGUACGCUUUCUUCUAUCUUUUGUGUCUUCUUUCCAUUUGUUGUACAUUAUUUUGUGAAACUUUAGUAUUAAUUUUAAAUCUUUUGUUUUCAUCAUUUUUUCCCAAGUCAAACCGUUAGGUGUUUUCAUGCAAUAAAGGAUAAUGAGUUGGAAGUUUACGAUCUCACACCUCUCACUCACAUAAACUGCAACUUAUAAGACCUGGGCUUAUAUGUCUUUGUGACUUGGGGGUUUUAGGAGGGCUUCAAAAUGGAGGGGCUUGUCCGAGGUGGCAAGAAGGACCUGAAAAUCUCCAUGAAAAUCUUGUUCCAUUACCCACCUACCUUUCCUUUCACCUAAUCCUAAGAUCCUAAAAGCUUUCCUAAAAACUCUUCCCACCAAAAUGAAGCCUACUAAAUGCCCAGCAAGAGAAAAAAAAAAUGAGGCAAGAAAAGCGAAAAAAGAAGGGAGGAGAGAAAGCGAAAAGUAAAAGUCAAGACUGCUGUGUCACUUUUAAACCCAAAAACUAUGUCGAAAUUUUGCUUUCUGCGCAUGCCCGAACUUCGCAAGCUGAUAUUUUGCAUCUGGAUCAGAAGGGCGCCAAGUGUACGACCUGUAAACCGGUUUCUGGUAAGUUUUAGCUCUUUAUAGCACGACAGUGACCAGAAAACCACUCGACUAGCUUCAAAAGGCGUUUUUCGGCAAAAUCUCCAGGAGCGAAUGGGUUAACUGGAAUCGAAAUGGCACUGUGAAAUUUAAAAGCACUACAAAAAGUAAUCUAUAGUAGUGCUGAUUAUUUAAUAUAGCCUCAAAACGUCAAAAUAUGUCAAAUUCAUUUUAAUACACUUGGAAUUGAAUUGAAGGGAGGCUUAUAUCUGGCGGGGGGGGGGGGGGGCUUGUGCUACAGCUUAUGGUAGUAGGAAUUGGCUGAGAAACAAGGCUGUGGUUAUGGAUGAUUGUGUUUUGUUUUUUCAGGUCUCCUUAUCCAGUGGAUGGUCUUAUCAAGGACAGUCAGGUUUAACAAGAAAACCACUGAUUAAGGAAAACGGGCGAGAGGCCUCUGUAGCAGCAAGAUCAACCCGCAAAGCAUGGGCAGCUCCAAAGCAGCCAAGUAGAAGUGUGACAGAAAAUUCUGGUAGAAUUUAUGACCGUAAGUAUAUGUUUCAGUAAAAUGAUUUACAGGUACAAUUAUUUGUUAGACUGUGUACAGUAUGUUGCCCAGUAUCCGGACGGUACCAGUAUCCGGACACUUGAAACAAAAACGCAGUUUUUGAGGCACCCUUUUCAGUUCUCGGUAAACGAAGUAUUUCGAAUGAAAGCUGAACAUUUCAGCUUUGAGAUGAAAGCUUGCGAAACAGUCACAGAAGACGCCAUUCUGUUCAGGUGAGUAAACUUUUCAUGGCCAAUAUUUACGCUGUUUACUGCGCAGUAAAAUUAGUGCUGCUCAGAAAAGGGAGGCUAAUGUGUGAUAUUUUCAAAGAAACUGUUUUAUUUUUAAAGUGAAGAUGGAAGUCAGGUUUUCAGAAAGUUUAUUAAUUUUUCUUGAAAUUCGAUUUGUUUGGAAUAAUGGAGGCCAGAAACAUUCGCUAAGUUUUGAUGUCAUGUGCCCAGUAUCCGGACAGUUUUUUCUUGGCUGUACAGAAUCGAUGAAUUAGAUGUGUACAUUAUCCGGAUAAGAUUUAUUUCAUAUCAGUAACUAUAAUUAAAGUUUAGGAUAUAUCAUAUAGUCGUAAAAUGUAAUUCUAUUCAACUCCGUAUGGAAAUUUUCUUCACUCAUUCAGAGGCGACUUGAUUUCGUGUGCACGGCUUGUUUCGCGUGACUGCAUUUUCUAUAUAUAACUGAAAGCGUCUUAGUUGAACCUGUUGAACCUGGAAUUCUCAUACUUUCCCCGGUUGUGACUGCUAGAAUGGGGUUGCAAUGGUCUGAAAAAUGUCACAAAGGGAUUGAGAGAUGUGAAAGAAGGAGGAAUUAGUGCCAGAAAAGCAGGCUUAUUGUGGGGACUGAGCAUAAAGAAAUCAACACUGCAGGUCAGACUAAAUAGGAGAGUGACCUUUGACCGUCCCGUUGAGGUCCCUUCCCCAAGCUUUUUUUAAAAUAAAAAAUGAAGAAAGAAAGUCGUUUGCAGAUUGGCUAAUUGAGCUUGCAAACUGCGGCUUCGGCAUGUCCACAGAUGCCUUCCUUAAAUCAGUGAAAAAGUUCCUAGACAAGGAAGUAAGAAUUAUACCAUUUUCAAAACAGCCGCUUGCGUUCCCCACCAUACCCCAGUCAUUUGUUAUGUUUUAUUUCACGAUGCUAGGUUAUAUUUUUGGAAUCGAUUGCCAGACUACUUUGCAAGUGCAAGAGAAGCUUAUAAGUCGCUUGCCUGUCGAAAGUUAUGUACAAUUACCUCGUUAUUGUUGUGUCCGGAUACUGGGCCAGCUGUCCGGAUAAUGGGCAACAUAGGAGCUCUGCAAAAAUAUUAAUUUCGCGAUGGAAACAAAGGCAAAAAAGUUAAACUGUCUUUCGUCAUCUUAAGGACUAAAUAGAUUUUCUCUGGGCCAAAUUUCAGAGCUCUUGCGAUUAACAAAGGAAAGUUAUUGCAAUCUUAAACUGAAGUGUCCGGAUACUGGGCAACAUACUGUAAUGUAUAAUUUAUACUUUUCAAACAUUAAAUCAAAUUUUCAAAAAAUUACCCAUAUAAAGUGUUAUUUAGAUCAUCUAUUUUAUACUGAACUUUUUUACCACUUAUUAACACAGAUUUUAAAAAAGAUCAGAAUCAUUUUCAUUUCAUUUUCAUCCGUGUAAAGACACUAACAAGUACAUGUAUUAGAAGCCACAGAUUUUUGACAAAAUCUGUUGUGAAUUUUUUUGUCAGUAUAACAGAAUACAGUCGAACCCUGCUUUACAGACACCUGCUUAAUACCGUCACCUCAUUAUUACGGACAGUUUGCUUUGUCUGUGGGGAAAACCCGUACAUUAUUUUUCUCUAAAUUCAACCUGCUUGAUAUGGACACCCGUUAAUGCAGACAACGGACACUUGUUUCUUGUCCAAUCGACAAAUUCUUAUAACAAGUUAACCUCGCUAAUGUGAGCACCUAUGUUAUUGUCAACUGUGUUAUGUAAUAACCUUUUUUUUUUGAUGAUAAAAAACCUUCAGUUGACACUCAGUGUCUGUGUUAACAUGGUUUGACUAGAAGGUCAUUAUAAUUAAUUUUAUGUUCUGUGUUUUAUGUCCUCACUCUAUUUACACAUGCUAUGUGUUACUGUUUUUCCUACAGCAUCAAAAUAUAGAGACAUUCCACAAAGCAAAUCCCACAAGCCCUCUCAAAGUAGAAGGGAGUCGCCAUCGGCAUCAAAGAAUUCUCAGGGAUCACCUCAGACCAGCAGAUCACCAUCUCGAGCAAGAGGACAAACCCGUCCAACCACAGGAAAGAAAUCACCUGCUGACAGAAGCAGAUUUAUCAGCACAGCAGAGAGGGUAUUAUAAUGAUUAUUAUUUAAUUGUUAUUUUUGUAUCACCUUAGCAGCCAUGUUUUUAUACAGUAGCAUUAAAUAUUAACAGGGUCCAAAGAAAGUCAGUUUUACAGCUGGUCCUUUGGGCAAACAUGUAGGUAGCAUUUCGUAGCCUUAAAAAUGACAAGCAGAAUUUAUUACAGUUCCUCUGCAAUUUAAAUUCCCCCUAAAAAAAAACUUCACUUGCAAUAGAACAGAAUUCAAUAGCCUUAAGGCAACAUCCACUAGCCCUGGGCUGUCAGUCAUGACUUUCUUUGUGCACUGAUUACUAUUAUAAUAAUAUAUAAUUUUUCAGUGCAGCUACAUAUUGUAGUUCUCAAAGUUACAACUGUACACAGAACCAACCGGACUUAUCAAACAGAGUAGCCUUUUGUUGCUUAAGGUUGGCAUAGUAAUAAAAUUACAUGUAUAUAUAAACAAGAUUACACUGUAAAAGCCAAUGUAAUAUUUUAUGUCCAACAAAGACCAACCAGAAUGGUGAUGUGAUCAGGCACUGUCAUCUUCUUUAAACGAGGAACUGUUUCUUCGUUAAACAGGUUGUUCGCUUAGAUGAACGGGACAGAUACAAGCAGCUGGUGGCCCAGUUUACCACUCUGCAGACACCUGAUCUUACAGAACAGUCAUGGAAUACAACAUAUGAGCACCCACUAGAAGUUCAAACUGAUUUUCUUACCAAGACAAGAUCUCAUGCAAGGUAAACAAAAUUCUAACAUCAGGUCAUUAAGUUAUUAUUGUGUGUUUGCUGUUAAUAAGUGAGGGCUGACGACAGGGGUCUGAGACCACGUAUUUUACCUUGUCACCAGCUAAUUUGGUUCUUGAGAACGUGAAACUUUUUUGUUCUUUUUUCUUUUUCACCUUGACCAUCUCCCAAGGGGCAACCUCUGUAAUUUCUUGAGGCUUUUAAUUUCUAUUCUAUUUGGAUCUUGAUUGCAGAUUAAAGCAUUUUAAGAUCUUUCACUAUAGACAUGUCACUACCAGUCUAAGCAAAAUUAAUUCAUUUAUUAUUUAAUUAUCAGUUGACAUCAUCCCCAAUAACUUUCCCACCAUUUUAUUUGACAAGGAUUAUUAAAAGGACAGAGAUUUUAAUGUCAGAACAAAAAUAAUCAUAGGUGAUAGUCAUUUGAGUUUUUUUUCUAAGUCAUGGCCAAUUUUGUAAUUUUUGAUUUGAUUUAAAUUCAUUGCACUUGUCCACACCCAUAGACAGUCGUAAAGACAAUGUACACGGAAAUUGUAGCCUUGGUGCCCUUGUCUCAAACUCAGUAGUGAAAUUCACAAUUUUUCUCUCCUCUGUGGUAGAUCGGGUGAUGGCAGUAUUUUAUCACCAAGAUCAAGAUUGUUACCACCUCCAGUAUCAUUCACUGCUCCAGCCUCCCCUCCUCAGUCACCUACAAGGCUGCGAGUCAUGGCGUCACCGAGGAAAACUGCUAAUAGGUCACACAAGCCCACUCCUGAUGUUAGUUUAUAUUCCAGGCCGGGUGAGUACACUUGUGAUACUUGUGUCCGUAUUGUUUCACUAGCAGUUGAGACAGAAAAGAAUUUCAAAUGAAAACAAAUGAAGAAUGAUCCUCACAGUUGUGAACACAAUUUAUGCAAUUACACAUAAAGAAGCCCCCCAAAAAUUCAGGACAUCAACGGGGUUUGAACCCAUGGCCUCGCGAUACUAGUGCGAUGCUCUAACCAACUGAGAGCUAUGAAGCCACUGAUGUUGGGAGCUGGUCAAUUACUUGUGUUCAUAUGUUCCUGUGAAAGAGAUGAAUGUGAUAGAUGUAACUACCGGUAUAUGAAAAUAAUAAAUCAUAAAGAACUGCGGAAAUGAAAUCAAAUGAAGAAUGAUCCUUGCAGUUGUGAAGGCACCUGAAAAAAAAAGAGAGAAGCCUAAUUUAUUUCAUAUACAUCUAUCACAAAAAAGAAUUUAUCAUAAAAAUUAAUGAAUGAGCAAAGGUUUCCAGAUAGUGUAGAACUUAUGGUUUAGGUCUUAAACCCUCAGGGUCAAGAGUGACCAACAUCAAUAGCAAUGUCACUACAACGUAAAGAGAGAAUGUUAUGAGAGUUAUAAAAAUGGCCAUGAAAGGGAAGAUGCUUACAUGUAGAUAUUUUGUCAAGUUCUCUCAUCACUCUCGAAGGAAAUGUAUUGAGAUCAGUUUGGAGAAUUUCUGCCCUUGACAUCUGCAUGUAUUUAGAGGGCUUGUUUAUUGAUAAAGCCACUCCCCCUCCCCCCCCAAAAAAGAAAAUAAAUAAAUAAAUAAUAAAAAUAAUAUUAUUAUAGAGACACUUUCUUAGGCUGGAUGGUCUUGUCAUAAAACAGUGUUGUUGAUUAUGUACUCCUUGUCAAAGAUUAUUUGUACACAGUGUUAAGAAAGUGCCACACAGUUUAUUUCUACCUCAAACAAAGAAAUAAUUAUUACAAAGUGAAUUUGCACAUUCAACUGGAAUUACUCAAUAAUUUUAUCCCAUGUACUCUUCAAAGUAUUGAGUCUGACUGUCUUCUUGGGUUCAAUUUAUUGCAGGUGCAAGAGAUAACUCAACUCCACACAGCAAUCUUAGAUCAAGGUAAGGAAUUGUGGCUUUAAAAAGGUACAAUGAGAGUGGCGCUAAGCCAACACCCGUGGGAAUAUCAUUAGUGUAUUAUUUAAUAAAUGCCGCUUGUUUAUCAAAGCAGUGUGCAAAGAAAGUUGUGUCCGAUAGCCUGGGGCUAGUGGAUUUUGCUCUAGGGCUAAUGAUUUUUGUUCUUAACUUGCCCGACGGGCAAGUGCUGUUUUGGGGGAAAUUCAAAUUACAGAAGGAUUGUAAUCAGUCCUGCCAAUCAAAAAGGGUUUGGUGCUAGUUGAAAUGACUUGUGGGCUAGUACAUGCUAGCUACAGCUUGCCCGAAUGGCAGGGUGUAAAACUGACUUUCCUUGCUCCCUGCAAAGGUUUUUGGAAUAAAAGUUUUGGGCUCAAUAAUGCUCAUAUCUUUAAGUUUCAAAAGUGGCCAACAUCAAUUUUCUCCCAACAAGUAUCAAUGUGAAAUUGCAACAAACGUUUAUAAGAAUUGAUAACAUGAUCACCAGAACAAAAUGUAUUGAUAUUUCAUCAGAAUAUUUCUCUCAACUAAUUCUUAAAUGAAAUAUAUGGAUAUCAAUAUGUAGAAUACUCAUAAGGCUGAAAGAUUUGUAAUUUAUUAUUAAUGAAUCAAACACAGUUUCUCACUGUCUGCACACUUGUGGUGGACAGAAAAACCUCUGAAAUGUUUUUAGCUCAUAGUGCAACUGUGUGCUGGAUAGAAGUCCUUCCACUGCAAAGUUUUUAUUUAUUUAUUGUGGCUUGUGUAUGAUCUUUAUUGUUAUUUUUCUCUCAGAACACUUGACAAAUCCGCUGUACAAAGUCCGUUUGAUGAGGCCUGGACUCAAAAAUGGUAAGUGUAAUGUUCAGUUUAAGGAAUGGAGAGAUUUUAAGACAUAACACAUAAAGGAUGAAAGUCCUCCAGGCCCCCCCCCCCCCAAACCCCCCCAAGAAAAUCUAGUACUUUGUUAACAAGCAACAAGCAACUUUAUUAAUCGCUCUUCAUUACAGAGGUUAAGCUUCACGUUUACGGCAAACGCGAAUUUGUACCACGUGACCAGGUUUCUCAUUUACUUGUCGUUUACUGUUCAUUAUUUCUACACAUAAAUUAGUUGCUUCACGCAAUUUUUUAUCCAUAAGAAUUGGUUUGAGCAGGUUUUAUCUGCUCAUUUUCUAUUUUGAGAAAUUCUCAACUUGAAUCUGCCGUUUGCCGUUUGCCGUGUACGUGAAGUUUAAACUCUCUGUUAACUGUUUUGCAAACAUUUCAACUUUCUAAUCAUGCAUACACAAUGUAGGCGAAGGCAAUAGAGUUUUAGAAGCUUUAGCUUAUUAUACAUGUUAGCAGCCGUGUCAUCUGUUAUUGUUUUGUUUACAGGAGAGAUGUUUUGUCAGAUGACAAUUUAUCAAGGCAGCGGGAAAUUUCUCGUGAAGAAAGAAAGCUAAAGGCAAUAAAACAAAAGGUGAGUUUGUUAACACGAGGUGCUAAACUCAUUUCAUCGUAUUUCACCUUACCACUGUGUUUUCAGAGGGUGGGAGCCCUCUUUACCCUCGCCUGCAUAACUGUACUGUAGUUUUAAAAGGUGACCUCCGCCUCUCCUUGGCCGUUAUUUUUUCAUUGUUUCCUUAGAAUGCUGCCAGAUCUUAUUGUAAUUAGUGUUAGGGUUAAGGUCAGGACUGCCUUUUUUCGCGCGAACGAACGUGUUAAGGUGAUUCCCUGGUUUUGCAUUGCGCAUCUCUUGCUGCGCAUAACAAGAUGGCGUCCGUAAAAAAGAGCAUGUGAAGUAACAUUAUUAAAAUGAAGUUGACCGAAGAGAAACGCUAUUGCAAUUUUUGCUUGCGGUUGUUUCUUGCCGAGGUGAGACUCAAUGUGGUGGGAAUGUGCAUAACGUAAGCAGUACGCGUAAAAAAGAGCAUGUGAAGUAACAUUAUUAAAAUGAAGUUGACCGAAGAGAAACGCUAUUGCAAUUUUUGCUUGCGGUUGUUUCUUGCCGAGGUGAGACUCAAUGUGGUGGGAAUGUGCAUAACGUAAGCAUUACGCGUGUUGCUGAGUUCGACUUCCUCACGGAGAACCUCGAUAGUGGAUGUUUAAUUUGUGCUUAUUCACUUUGAUUUUCAUUUAAACGCUUUCUUUAUGACAUUGUGUCCUAAAUGUGAUAUCUCGAUGUAAAUUCUGUAAAAACGGAUUUUUUAAUACUUUCUUCCCCCUUUCACAUACAUUCUAUUUGAAACUCGCCCCAGUCCUCUCUCAAAAAUCAAGGAAAAUGCAUUUGGUGCGCACUUUCUGCAGCUCUACUGCAAAAACGAGUACGGUGACCCCCAUUUUUUAUUUCAUGAUUUUAAUAAGGACAGUGCUUCCUUUCGGUGAGAAAAAAAUUGGCACAAAUCUAUGUUCAGUUUUUUGGCAAUUUUACUAAAUUGUACGGAUUGAGCUAUCACGUGUCGAAUAGCGCGUGUCCAAUUUAAUUCUACUUUGGAGCGUAAAGUAAAAACGAGGGCAUUAAAAGGCAUUUUUAUGGUACGUAAGUGGAUAAACAAUACAUUAAAGUCAAAUUCUGUGCGAUACCACAUGCAUCAUUGAAAAAAUCUUUCCUUUUUGUCUAGUUUUGGGCUACGCGCGGUUUUUGUCAAAGGGUCCAAAAUAGCCGUAUUUGUCAGCAUUUUGACGUCAAAACGAGCACGGUGACCCCCACUUUUUAUUACUUUUUUAUCAUCUUCUUGACUUGUUACAUCAGUGUACCAAGUUUCAUCUACAAUCUAUGUUAGGUUCUUUUGCUAGGGAAUCACUAAAAAGAAACUGCAAGGAGAUGCCAGUUUCUCGCUCUGACAAAGGGCUAGCACUUGAAAUGUCAGCUCUAAAUCGCUUCAUGAUGGCAAAAUUACUUUAUGGACUCACUCCAUAAAGCUAGAUUUUUGUGUUCUUUUUCUAAAACAGUUUCGUAAUUGUCGCCACAAGAUUUGAUUUGACAGUUGUCUAACUGUUAUUUAGUGCAACUCAGAAGUGUGUUUUGGGACCCUCAAAGUUAGAAAAAACGGCCAUCUUUGAGACUAACACUUUUAUAUCGUCAUUUCUUUACCUGCUUAUAACAGCGAGAUGAGGAAACACAAGCCCUCAAUGAUAGAAUUCAGCAGAGAUUGAAGAAAGGAUGGGACUUUGAAGAUGAAGAAGAGGUAUUCUGCCCUUUGAUAUCUAGCUUGCGACCACAGACGCAUUUCCGGUUGUUACUGGAGAACUGCCCACCUACCCGUCCCCUAAGGCAACAUUUUCCCCUAAGUGAGAAGUAAUGUUAAUGUUGGCUUAGGGGAGGGGUAGGUGGACAGUUUCUCAGACAUGUACAAUGAUCCCUUCUCCCUUGACUACUUGUCGAACAGUCACGUGAUACACCUGUGCAUUGUACAUUCAUUCUCUGAGCUGAAUCUUGCGUUUAUUUUCGUUUUCUCAUACAUGUAUUUACGCUGCAACAUGUAUCUGGACAUAAACACGUUUCAGUACAGUGUCGUUUUGCUACGUAUUGCUGAAGUCAUGUUUUAGUUUGGUAAGAAGUGAAGACUGUAAGAGACCCUUCCAUGAUCUGUCACCUUCACAUACAGUACUUUUGAUUCCCCCUAACUGUUUACUGGGCCCUUUUUAGAGUGCCAUUCCACUAAUUCUGGGAUUAAACACGUCAACUGCUGUACAGUAAAAGGGCCUUUCACAUCAGUAGGAAUUGUUUGGAUUGUUCAGGAGGAUGUUGAAAGUUAUUUUUGUUCUUUAUAACAGACAGAAGAAGAAGCCGAGGAAAUAACAGAGUCGUUCGUGGUGCUCACGCCUGACAUGGAUCGAAAGGUAAAUCAGGUUUAUCAUUAUAGUGUAAGUCUUAGAAAUGGGGCGUUAACUCUCUACGGUUCAAAGCUCACUGACUUUUAUUGGAUCAGACUGUGAACAGGUUUUACUGUUAUGAUUGGCGUUUAACACCACAAAAGGAGACAUUGAACUAUUUAUCUACAUUUUGAAUGAUCGGUUACAGACGAUAAUCGGCUCCCAAUUAAUGUUAUCAGAAUAAGGGGUUUUCGGUAGCAUUUGGAAGUAGCGGAUUCAGAGAUUCAGCUGGCGGACCUGCACCGUUUGUGUCUCAGGCGCGAACGUUGAGUGCCGAAGGCACGAACUUCGAGCGGGGUCUGGGAGCAUAAUCACGAGGGAAAUUUUUAAAAUUGGACUCUCUAAAAUGCAAUUUCUUGCGUUCCCUGGACCGGAAUUCAUUAACCGGAAAGGUCUUUUAAGACAUUAAAAAUCCUCUCCAAAAAUGAAAUAUUUGAUUUGACAAUUAUAAUUGUCGGAUUGCAGGUUUUCGUUUUCUUAUAAAAGGGGUAAAAUCUAUCUUUGAUUAAUAAAAGAACAAAAAGAAGCGAUUUUCAAACUUUACACGUCAAAUAAUGGCACGUUGCGUUCGGCAUCCGGCCUGAAACGAAACCCCUUAACAACAUUUCCUCGUUCGGUUGUAAACGCCCAUCCAAGGGAAAGUUGUUGCUAGGGGCGACAAGGUGGAAUCAGACAUGGCUCAAGACAACUUUUAUUUGUUUUGAUCAGGUGGAUGCCGCCUUGGCCCCAGGCUACCCUGAUGAUCCACUUGUGGAAGGUUUCCGAGUCACUCUUAAACGCAGUGAUAUCGCUACACUUGGUAAUCUAAACUGGCUCAACGACGAGGUAUGUUUUGAAAUUAAACCGCGAAACUAAUGAUCGUAUUUAACUUUUCACGUAACUGUGUGGAGAAAGCCUGGAGCUUUAUGGUAUUUAUUGUGCAUGCGUUUAUUUAAGUCCACGACAAUUAUUGUACUCUAAAAGCUCUAUUUCCUGAAAUAAUUUUAUUCCUUGUUUUAUAGGUCAUCAACUUCUACUUCAACCUGUUAGUGGAAAGAAGUAACCAACAAGGCAAAGUUAAAGUGCAUGCGUUCAAUUCGUUCUUUUAUCCCAAACUCAUCAAGUCCGGCUAUGCAAGUCUUAGGCGUUGGACAAAGAAGGUAAUAAGAAUUCCAGCAGUGAAGUGCUACUCUGUGGUUGCCACAGGUCGGCAGAUCCUGAAAGGGUAUUCCCGGGAGCUAGGAUUUGACCAAAAUACAUGCGGGAUUCGAGAAAACGUUAACGGGACUCGGGAUUGGCAAAUAAAUAGAUUUGUCACGAUUAUACAUGUCUCACGAGAACAGGCUGAAUUAUUUGUAGUUAGUACUUCCUGUCCUAUGUUAUAAAUUUCCUGGGUAUUUAUUUAUCUGUGUACUUUAUUUCCAGGUUGAUAUAUUUGCUAUGGAUUUAGUCCUUGUUCCUGUUCAUUUAGGAAUGCAUUGGUGUUUAGCGGUGAGAAGUCACUUUACUUUUUCUCCCCCCGGGGAUUGAAACUGCCCUUACAGUGGCGGAUCCAGAUCCUCAGAUGGGGGGCGAGCGGGCCCCCCGGGCUCCUCCUAUGGAUCCACCACUGGCUUAUAAGUUCCCCCCCCCCCCACAUUUAUUGGCCCAUCUACAUGUAAACUUAAAAUUACAUCCGAUUGAAAGCCCCCCUCCAAAUAUAUUCAAGUGAAUUCAUUUUAUUAUGACCUUUCUUUUAGCCGUAUUUAAAAAACCCAGUAAAUACAAAACGUAUUUUGAUCAGCAUUUGUAUAGCUUGUUUCGAACCGGUUUUUUUUCUCUAUUCCCGUAAAAACCCCUUAUGAAGCUGUAUAAGCGCUGCAGGGCCCAGUUCCUCAAAGGAUGGUUACGUUUAACCCAAGAUUACGCCAAAUUUUAAACAAGCUUUUCUUGUCUAAUGAAAUGCAAUUUAAGCUUACAAAAUUACUGUAAAGCUUUUACUCUGAGUUACAGUUAUAAAAACAGAAAAUGUUACUUUAAUAAGCAAUACAUAGGAAGGUAGUGGAACAUGAUUUUACUCCUGGAUUAGCAUUAUUCUGCCUUUAACGAACCGGGUCCUAGACUAAAAGGUGGUAGUUUGCGGUAUCACUCAUAAGUUAUGGACUUCAACCUUUUUAGCAGCGCUUUUACUGAGUUCACUGUUGGUUUUAGUAGACUAACAGUAUUACGCGAAUUGUGUUUUUUGCUCAAUUGUUUUAGUGUUAUCUUUGUUAUACUACUACAUGAGAAAUUUCUGUAAUUUGAUUGGCUUAGAGCAGUGGUAUUUCAGCUUAAUUGGAAAUACCUACAUGUGAAAAUUACAAACCUUUUGUGGGCAGUAGUAUAAACAAAUAAUAGCAUGAUUUGUACGUGAUAUUUGGCAUAAAUACCACUCGUGAUAUUUCAAAAUUGUCUCAAAUUUCACUCGCCUAACCGCUCGUGAAAUUACGUAUAACAAUUUCGAAAUAUCACUCGUGGUAUUUAUGCCAAAUAUCACUACAAAUCAUGCUAUUACCUAUACAAAUUUUACAGGUGUAAUGGGUGAAUUUUGUUAGAUUCUUUUCAAGAUCUUUAAAGGCUGGUUUUCACUAGCGACAGAUCAGAGUCGGAGUCGGAAUCGUUAGCGGAGUCGUAGGACCGCUUACGACCUUUUGAAAAUCUAAAAUCGGAGUCGUAAGCAGAGUCAUAAGCACGACAGACUCGGGAGACGGAAGAAUCAGAACGUUUCCAUUUUCUUCCAACUCCGCUUACGACUCCAUCGUUUACGGUCCAGUGAAAACCCAGAUUAUCAGAGUCGGAAGCAGAAGCGGAGGGAGAAACCAAUCAAAAUGCACGUUCCCGCGUUUUGGGUUUGGUUUAGUUCUGCUUCUGCUUGCGACUCCGGCAGCCUAGUUUUCACUACAUCGUAAGCAACGCAGACGUAAGCGAAAUCAGAACGCAGUUUUCACUAGACCGUAAAGUGCGACGCUUCUGGUUACGACUCCGACUCCGACUCCGUCGCUUGUGAAAACCAGCCUUAACUUUAACUCUUGUUAGCAACACCCGAAAGUUUUUAGCUAAUUCGUUGUGAGGCAAUUUUUUGAAAAUUGAAUUUAUUCUUUUCAUCGAGUCUAUUUAGUCGUGCCUCUUUCCUUUGAAAAGUCGAAACAUGGUUGGUCAAGGGUAUAUGAAAUAGCUAUAUUUUAGUGUUUCGCAAAUUAAUGAAGUUCUUUUUCGUUGAAAAACGUUUUCCUCCCGUGUAAAAUAAGGUAAGCAAAUGGUGCCAACUAUAACGCUUAACACUUGGAACUUUGAAGUAAUCUGUUAAAAGGGUUGGGAAAUUUACAGCGCAUUGGAACAAUUUAAACAUUGAAAAUAACAAAGCCAGAAGCCUUUGCUUGCCUUCUGCAAAUUUCUCUCGUACGACCAAGGUGAACAACCCCCCCUCCUCCCCCAUCACCUCAGCACACUUUGUCAUGUUUUCAGUGUUUUUUUGUUGUCUAUCGCAGGCAGUUGAUUUCCGGAAAAAGUGUAUAUCAUAUUACGACUCACUGAAAGGCUCCAACAAUCAGUGUUUAUCAGCACUUAGGUGAGAGACUGUUAGUGUUUUUGAUAGUGUUGGCUAACCGUCAUUUAUAAACGGGUCGAACGCGUUUUGAGGUUUACCUGAACUGAGCUCCUUGUAGCCUGGAAGCAAGCUCUCCAUAUAUGGCGAGCCCCUCGCACUCGCGUGUCCUUUCGCGUGUUGCUCUCGCGUGACUUCUCGCUCGCGACUUUUCCGGUACCCCUCCGUUUAGCACUCGUUUAAUAAUUGAUUGUUCAACCUGGUAAGUAGUGUCUGCCAAUUAAUUAGUGUUCUAGAUCACGAACGAAGGAUUAGGAUUUAACUAUUAAAGUCUGAAUCGUCCGUGUCUGUGAUUGAUUUGGUUUUUAUUUGCAAAGGUGUUGUUUAAUUAUUUUAUGAUUGGGCGCGUUUGGGCAAGAAAAUCCCUUGUGAGCUAGAACAAGGAUGUACGCUACCUCGCAUACAUGUGUGUUGUUAGUUUUCUUCUAGAUAAUAGUAUACGGUAAGGUUGUGAACAGUUAACUAUAAAAAAGCCUCCUAGCCUGACGUUCUUUUUUACUAUACUUAACUGACAGAUCUUACCUAAACGAUGAAUCAGUGGACAAGAAGAAAGUGCCUUUUGAUUUCAACGGAUGGAAGACGGCAUCUCCGAAGGUAUCUGCACCUGAACUCUGAAACUAAGUGUAUUCUUCGGGUACUCUGGUCUUUCCCCUUUGCUCGAAAAGCAGCACUUCCAAAUUCCAACUGGACUUAAAACGCGCGAACACUUCUAAAGUUCUCUUGGUAAAGAAACUACAUUUCUAUCUUGUUCACAACACUAAUUAAAGAGUGAGGAGAAACCCGAAAACACUACGUUCAUAAUUUAUUACUUGUUUCGAUUCUUGUUGUUUUAGAAGUGACAUUUAGUACGUUAAGUUGGUUGUUCAUUUGUGUGGUGUUUGCUACUGAGUCAUUGUGUUUGCCUUGUACCUACUUCCAUUAUGCAGCCACUAGACUAGCGACGAUGCUCUCUUGGGUGGUGCAGUGAUGUGAGCACUCGCUACUCACUAAUUUGGCCUUCGGUUCUUAUCCCCGAGGCUAAGCCGUAUGUGGGGUUAAGGUUAUUGUUCUCGCUCCAAAUUUAAUGCAUAAUGGGUCAAAUCUAUUGUUCAUGCUCAUUUGCAUUAGAUUUGGCACAUGUGAAAUGCGAUUUUUUUAACCAGGCCUUAUAGUUGAAGGUUUCUACAUGGUUCAGCACUUCACUUUACCAAAAUGGCACCGCUAAUUACAUUUUUAUAUAUAUAUUUUCUUUUUUUUCUCGUCUAACAGGAUAUACCUGAGCAGCUAAACGGAUGUGACUGUGGAGUUUUCGCCUGCAAGGUAUAGCUCUGAGAAUACUAACCGAAUGUAAUGCGACUGGAAGUUCUUCUAACGGACACUCUCCUAAGCGGACAGCUCUACUUACGGCCGCCUUCACAAAACCUCGUUUUUCUCAACUCCCUACAAACUGUGUGUUUUUACAUUCCCGUAAGCAGCCAGCCCCAGUUACGGACACCGCGAGUUUUUUGUAUCAAACAAAACGCGUUAGCAACACAUAUGAUCAUGACUGUGGAGUCGGGUUGUAACCUUCUAACUGCUGGAAUAAAACUUCGAGUCGCAUAAAUGUAAUUUUUAACUUUCUACCCUUUGGAUGAAAUACUUAAGAUAGGCUUACGUUUGGGGUCCGAAGCUGUCUUAAAAAAUGACGAUCGAUCGCGCGGAACGAGGUUUUCCUUUUUUUAGAUGACCGAGAGCUAAGGCAGUACCCGAUUGAAUAAGUUUUCCCACUGUUUUAGAACCAGCAGGUCAUUAUUUUCUUCUUUGAAGAGGACAGAAGGUCAUUAUCUAUAAAAGUAAUUACCUCUGUUGUUCCUCCUUAGCUACGUGCUCUUCCUUUUAUAGGAUAAAGGCGCAUGAAAACAAAUUGCUGGGCGUUAUUUUGUCGUAUUUUGGUGGUUUGUUUUUUCAUAGGUGGCACUGAAAAAAAAGGUUUGUAAUUAAUAGCUAAGCUUCUCUAUGGUUUGUUCUUUUUCAGUAUGCCGAGUACCUUUCAAGAAGGGCAAACUUCGAUUUUGAUCAGGUAAAGAUUAAAUAAAUACAAAUUUUAUGAAGAGAAUAGAACGAAAAAUAUAAUCAAAACAUCGUGGCAGUCGAAGCUCCUUCAACCUGACAGUUGCCUUUUUGUUCUUUUUGUAUCUUUUUCAGAGACACAUGCCUUACUUUAGGCGACGGAUGGUGUACGAGAUUCUGACCAAACAACUUUUGUGAUGCGUUACUACAGAGACCACCUCGUGUCGCCAUCAUUCCCUUGAUGUCAUGAAAAAGGACUUACUCUGCCACAGAAGAAAUCGUCAAUAUCCGAUGUAAAGAUUUUUUUUUUACAAUAUCGCAGCAUCGCGAAAAAAUAGCUGCUUUAUAACAUUGAACUAAAUGGUCAUAUUUACUGAAAAGUUGUGAUAAUAUGAAGAGAGUAGAUUACUUGGUUUGGGUCUCCUAACACAGAUAUACCCCAGAUGCCAGUACCCAAACCCAACCGACAGCUCGGAUGAAGUGUGAAUUGUUUUUGCCUUUAGAUUAAACAAUAUUUAACAAAGAGACUGUUCAUUGCCACAUUGUACAGUUCACUUUUGAACGACGUUACAUUACGGUGUUAUUUAAAGUCAGGUUCAACGCUGAUACGAAAUGACAUUACCAGGAAUGGCACAACAAAGAGGGAAUGUUGUUUACCAUUUUGAUAGAGAGCUUUAAAUUCGAGGACGAAGACGAAAAGGAGGACGAAAUUAAUUUUAAGUUUUUUUCGCGUACUCUCUAAAACAUAUACCCUGGAAUUUUUCUAGAGCACUUAUUUUAUUAGGGGAGCUUGAGACAUCUGAGUAUGUCGAGGGUAGUCUCCUUGAUGAUUAUGUUGGACUGAGAAAGAG